UACCGCUAGCCUGAGAAGGAGAUCGCUCUGACUCUUCCUCUAAUGCCUCGCUCACCUUCCACUCCACAUCCUGUAUUAUCUGUGUCAGAGUUGAUACCGAAUGCCAAAACAAAAGCCAACACAUUCCAACCAGUUGUAGAGGACUGGAGCCAAGAAAACACAGCAAGUAGUCUCAACAUGAGAGACAAAGGGAUGUUAUGCUCACACACCUUAGUAUCUCUCUCUCUCCCUCUUCCCCUGUUUUAUUCUUUCUCACGUUUUGUUCCCCUUUUAAAGGUUCAUUCUCCCUAUCAACUUCCCUCUUCUCAGCAGGCUUUUUCUCAGCCUGAACUUUUGGAUCAGAGAGCAGUCUUUUCUUUGCCCAAUGGAGGUAGCAAAAGCGGAGGAAUCCACUGCUCCUGUAGCAGAGUUCUCGAUACAAGCGCUGAGACUCCUCUCGAGAUCCCUCCUCUUCCUUUCCACCCACUCCACCCACCCUCUCUUCGGCAUCCUCGCUGCCGCCUCCCUCCUCGUCAUCCUAUACCUCCCCCGCUCGCUCCUCUCCCUCGUCCUGUCCCCCGUUCCCAUCUCCACAUUCUUCCUCCUCGCUGCCCUCCUCCGCCACGGUUCCCCGCCGCUCAAGUGCCCCGCUGCUGUUGCCACCGUCGAUGACGGGGAGGAGGAGCUUACCUCACUCUGCCCGGAAACCAAGGCGGAAUCCUCCUGUUACCAUCAAGAAGUUAUCUUUAGCAAUGAUUUCAUCAGCUGCGGACGGAGGAGCAGGCCGCUCGAGAUCAUAUACGAAGAGUACGAGGGGGAGGAGGAGGAGGAGCGCGGCGGCGGAGGAUCGCACCAGUACCGGGGCUGGCUGCAAAAUGCCGACUUGGAAAGCGUGAGACUCGGGUCUCUCGGGUUCACGUACGCGGAGGAGGAGAAGUGGGGCGACGGAGGCUCGGAGGACUACCGGAUGUGGCCGCAAAAUGCCGACUUAGGAAGCAGGAGAGCGGGGCCGAUCAGGUUCGCGUACGGUACCGAUUCCGACACCGAGAGCAACGGUGGCUCGCAGGCUGCGUCGGAGGCGGAGGGGUCGAGCUCGCCGGAGGAACACCGGCUCAUGUGGGAGGACGACGAGGACGGGGACGACAUGAUCGAGAUCGAGCUCGAGCUCGAGGAGGAGAACAUGAUCGAGAUUGAUAUCUCCGGCGGCCGGUGAUCGAGAAGUCUCUGCCGUCGCCAUCGCCGGCGGCCGGUCAGAGAUUCUUGGUCGGGGGCUAAGGGGAGAUCUUUGCUCGUUAAUGAAAGGGCCGAUGGGUCGUUGGAUUUCCACGUAUAUGUACACGACAUAUAUGGACGAGGAAAGAGAGUGCAAAAUCAAGUACAAUUCCUCCAUAAGUUCACUUCUCCGUCAUCCAACGAGUGGCAGCCAUAGGCGUACAUGAGGAAGCCCGACAAGCUCGUGCAAUUAUAUGGCCGCCACACAGAAGAAACCAAACGAAACUUAUCGUCUUCUUUACGUGUAAGCUAAGUUUGAUCCAUAUAUCACCCGAAAGCAUCGAAGUCGAGGACAAGGUAAGUGAGAAUCUACUUCGAGUUAAGCGAGGUGUCUUUUCGAGUCUAUCUCAGAUCGAAUCGAUA